AUGACCGACGCCAAAUCCUCCACCUCCAUGGCCACUUCCGGAGAUCCCAACGUCUCCUGGCCUGUUGAGCGCGUUUCCCACAGCUCCUCAUCCGCAUGGCACCCAUCCUUCCCUAACCACCGCCGAACCAGCGACGUCUCUCACUCCGACGCAAGCUCCGUUUCGUCUGCCGAACCCGAAUCGGACCUCGACCGAUCCAACUUUCCUGACGGCGAAAAGUCGCUCUCCGGCAUUGCGCUGCGCGCAUUCCUGCUGGGAACCACCCUUGGAGCCACAUCCAUCGUGACCGGUCUCCUCAGCGCGCUAUUCCCGACUCCCUUCUGGCGUGUGCCCUUCUUCAUCGCCGCCCUGAGUCUCUUCCACUUCCUCGAGUAUUACGUCACCGCGCGAUAUAACACUCGCUAUGCCUCGGUCGGCGCAUUUCUCCUCACCUCGAAUGGCUGGGCAUAUAACGUGGCGCAUGGCUCUGCCAUCGCCGAGUGCAUUCUCGCGCACUAUUUUUGGCCGCAACCCGGCCGCGUGGCGCGGUGGUUGACCGUGACGGAGCCAAUUGCGGGGAGUGCGGUGCCACUGUUGCUGGUGCUGGGACUGGUGUUGAUGGUGGUCGGCCAGAUUGUGAGGACAAUGGCCAUGGCGCAGGCCGCGAGUAACUUUAAUCACCAUGUUCAGUCGCAGCAUCAGAAGGGCCACGUCCUGGUCAAGACGGGGUUGUAUGGGUAUCUGCGACACCCGAGCUACUUUGGCUUUUUCUGGUGGGGACUAGGGACGCAAUUGGUCCUGGGAAACCGGGUGUGCUUUGUGGCAUAUACCAUCGUAUUGUGGAAGUUUUUUGCCAGUCGAAUCAAACGCGAGGAAGCGUUCUUGAUCCGGUUCUUUGGAGUCGAGUACACCCAAUAUCGAUUGGAUACCCCGGUGGGCAUUCCGUUCAUUCGAUGA